AUGGCACAGAAUAUGUCGCGAAAACUGUUUGUGGCUGUGCCUCAAGCAUUGCAUCAGGCCAGGGAAUAUUAUAAGAAAUUAUUUGGAAAGUAUUUAUUCAUCACAAAUACUGUUAGUUACGUGACACUUUUCGGGCUUGGAGAUGCCUUGACACAGCUGAUGGAGCGUCGAAUGCGAGGCGAAGAUCGUAAUCAUGAUUUUCGAAGGUCCCUGUGUGUUAUUGCAUUCGCAUCCUUCCAGGGGCCUGUGAAUCAUUUCUGGUAUCUUGGGCUAGACAAAUUCAUUAAAGGUACCAUACACAGGACAGUUUUCAAGAAGGUUUUAGCUGAUCAACUAGUCUUUGCUCCUUAUGCAUGUACAUCAUUUUAUCUAGGUCUUGGUCUUUUGGAAGGUCAAACGUUAAAGACAACAGUUUCAGAAACAAAAGAAAAAUUUUUACCAACUUACAUUGCGGAUCUUUCAGUUUGGCCAGCUGCUCAGCUGCUGAAUUUCUACGUUGUUCCUUCGCAUUUAAGAAUGAUGUAUAUCAAUUUUGUGACACUUCUGUGGAAUACCUUUAUGUCCUACAUGAAACACAAAGGUGUUACUUCAAGUUAAGUAAAUAUCCUUCACUACUAGCCGUUAUACAAAUUGUCAUAAGUAUGAAAAUUUAUCACAUGCAAAUCACAAACUUUUCUUUGUUAUAAGAUUUUCUCGAAAUUUUCAUGAAUUCGUGAUUAACGAUUUCGUCUUUUCGCAACGAUGUGUAAAGGCUGAUUUCCACAGGGCGAAUUUCGCAUCGAAUUCGCUGCGAAUUCUCUUCGAAAUUGUUUUUUGAUUUCCACAAGACUGCGAAUUCGCUGCGAAAUUAUAUAUUGAUUGCCCCAAAACUCAAAUUUAAGGCGCCCAUUUUCAGAAAUGCAUGCAUGGCGAAUGUUCCAAAGACUGUUGUCUUACAAAUCAAGCAAAUUAACUUUUGCUUUGACUGGUUAUUAGGUGCUGCGAAAUAUUUCGCCGCGAAAAAGUAGAACUCUUUUCUACUUUCUUGCGAAUUCGCUGCAAAAUCAAAAAUCAAAACUGCGCAUGCCUUAAUCCCUUCGUCAGCAAUUUCGCCGCGAAUUCGCUGCGAAACUCGCCUCGUGGAAAUCAGCCUUAACUCAACUUUGUUUUAUAAUAUUUAAAAACCACUUUAUAGAGGAUUCCUAGACUAGGGGUAUUAUGAACAUGGUCUAUAGCUACUUAGAUAAUCCUGCGAUCAUAUGACUUUGUUCAAAUCCCCCCGAAUUAUAUAUUGUUCCUAACUUAAGCCCAAGAAGCAAACUAGCGUCAAAUUAUGCCAUACCUUUAGCUUUACCUCAUGGUUAGGCACCCAGUUAUAUUUCACCUAAUUUUGAAUCAGCGCACCCAAGGGUUAACUGAAGGGUUAAUGUGUUUGCCUGUCCUGGCCUGAGACCUUUUUUACUUUACAGUUAGGCCUGUUGUAUUAUUACCAAAACGCUAGGAGACCUGAGUCCUUUAGUAUUGUGUCGAUUCGAUCGCUGCUUUGAAGUUUUUGAAUGGGACAUGUUGUAAGGACAUAUACAUCAACGAUUUUUGUUGUUGAAAACAGUCUUUGUUGAUGUAUAAAAGUGAAACACAUGUAAAUGCAAAAUUUGUGCCAUAUCGCCGAAUUAAGCCUGUCUUUGAUUUGAUUUCAUAAGAUUUUUAUCUUUUGAUGGCGAAUUAAAUUUAUUGAGCCAGGAUAAGACUGCAUCUCAUCUUCUUGCAAAUUCCGCAUCAAAAGAUUAUGCUUUCAAUUCUACAGCUAUUCUAAGGGUGUUAGUGCUUUCCCUGUUUAGGUCUUCUGAUCAAGUCAAUUUAUAACCAAACAAAUUAAAAUCACUUCGCAUCAGUACAAAGUCAUAUUUGAGCAUAGUGGAAAAAGAGGGACCCUGUUUGUAACAAUAUUUGUAUACCGUUUAUUCAAAAAUAAGAUUUAUUUUGAGAAUGUCAUAGCUCCCUCCUCAAUGUGAUGUCAAAUGUUUGUCUCUAUAGCGAAUUUCGCUGCAGUAAAAAUCUGGUAAAAUACCAGCUCACUGAUAUCCAAUGCGGAAGCAGAGUCAUGUUAGCUCAAAUCUAAACAUUUUUCUAUUUUAUGAACUUAAAAAUUGCUUCCUAUUUUGUCCAUGAAGCAAUGAUUAUCUUCCUAAUAGGUUAUCUCCCCCCAAUCUCCCCCUACCACACUUCCUCUCCAAACUUCAAUUCCCAACGUAAAGGAUGUCAUUAACCGUUUAUGAUUUACAGUUACUGCGUAAAAAAUCAUUCUUUGAGAUUUUCUAUUUAUAUGGAUAAUCUUUCACACAUAUUUAUUGUGAUUCAGUAACAUUGAUAUUUGUCCUCAAUUACAAUAUUUAUUCAUUGGACACUGGGCACAUUUUACUACAGCAUUGUGUUAUACGUUGUAUCAUAAUUAGCAGUUAGUAUUAGUAUUAGAUAAGGUGCACUCGAAUAAGAUCACGGAUAGAUUACAACAAGUUAUAUAAUAGUUAUUUUGUAUACAAUGACCUAUAACUAUUAUGUCGGGGGGGGGGACAAGAACAGGUUUUUUUAGCCCUGUAUCGCGAGCAUUGCAAUAAAAGAUAUCCUCUCACAAAGUUGUUGAAAAAUGGAAAUCCUUCGCAAGCUAAUUUGCAGUUGUUUUCUAACUAAUGCAUUUUGGAAGAAACCCUCGAAGCUAGUGCUUGAAUUUCACUGUUCAGUUUGUUGUUUUUACUUUUGAAUUUUGGUUUUUAGUACGACUGAAACUCAGCAAUAAUUGGGAUAUAUUAUUUAGCACAAUUUAGUUCGUUUUGAUAUUUUGUACGUAUUCGCUGAAUGUGUAUUUAAAUUGGUAAUUGUAUUUGUUAUUAUUAAAUUAUUAUUAAUUGCAAAAAAGAAAUAUUUUGAUUUAGAUCGUAGUCGUAGAUUGUCGAAGAAGAAUAGAGAAUCGAAAAACUAGUUUGCCGGAUUAUGUGUCUACCAAAAUACAUAGCUACGGAUUUUACAUAAUAUCGAAUUCCCUAUUUUUAUUCCUGUUGUAAUUUGGCAUAAAUCCUCUAGUGUAAUAUUCAGAUCGCUAUUUGCAUUUUAAAAUUUAUAUUUUUUUUCCUGAUAUAUCUGCUUUAUUUUGCAUGUAAUUAUUAUCAGAUAUAAAAAAGACGAGAAGCAUGAAUGUUGAGAAUCUUGGCCAAUGAAUAAACAGGUUCUAAUCAACGCAAUGGUAGUUAUAAAGAUAACUCGAUGGAGAAUACUCGAUGUCGAAUUGAGAGUGCUGUAGGCCGUUUGAUGAGCAUUACAGGGAAGGUUCGAAGUUGCUACUCAUUGGUUUGCGCUCAGUGCGAUCUUCAGGGCUAACCCCUGCAUACGCAAUUCUAUAUUCAGCCUUGCUUUGCUAUUCAUUCUUUCUUCUUUGACUUUGGUUACCAUGCGCGUAAGAAAACCAUGAAAAAAUUCAAUCAACUUGUUUCCGAUCGAGUUGAUCGUUUAACUCAUAAAAUAUACAUUUCAAAUGGCCUGAUAUUCAAAGAUUUUUCAAGGAAAGGUGCAAAUCAAAAGUUAACUUAUGACUUUAUUUAUGGAUCAUCAAAGACUUUAAGAUAUUCGGCUACACUGCCCUUUGCAUGUGUUUUUUCCAGAAUCACAUAUGAUAAGUCCAAUAAGUUUGUUGCAUAUUCAGUUAAGGCUAACAGCAUUUUCUUAUUUACAUGCAAAGAUUUUUGUUUAACUCAGGGAUUCUCGUGAUCGAGGACUUGAAACACCACACAACAACAGGUUCGGGCUCAAAACUGUUGGAAAAGGACAACAUGUAAUUUGUAAAUCAAUUUAAGUGGAACCAAGCUGAAAAUAGCAUGAUUUGGAAGCACUCCCUCGGCCCUUUAAACCCAUGUAAUUGAAGAAUGAAACCGCUUACAGGUCCAAGUAAUGUGUGCCGAAUGAGGUCAAUACCGAUAGGCAAUGGAUGUUUUCUAGAUCAUACAAGUUUUCCUAGAAUUGAAUCAUACUAUAACUUGUCUUCAGGAUUUGAUACUGAAUUUCUGGUACUUGACUUAAAAAAACUAUCUGGCCGCUAAACUAGAAACCUAUGUUAUAAAACUCUAACCAUUUGCAAAUUUUCUUUUGCACUUUAAAAAGCAUUUUUUUGUCCCUCGUUUCUUUUUUUAAAACUUGAUUUUUUAAAUCGACCUAUUCCUGGUUCGACUAAAAAAGAUUUGUUAAUCUUUUAUUUAACUGGCCGAAUCAACAGUGGCAUUUAUUCAUCAAUGCUGAAAGUCUGUUCAACUUUUAAUCUCGCUUAAUUGAUGAUUCGGUUUAUUUAAUUCAAAAGCGGUGACAAUUUAAUUUAGUUGUUUAUUUAGUAUUUGUAUCAUACAGGGUUUUAGUGCUAGGGGGCUCAGGGGCCUGGGCCCACUUUUUGGUACCAAAAAGUAGCCACUUUCCCAUCUUGCUAUUGUUUCUUGCAAUAUUUUGCGCAAGACCCCCUUGUCAUUUUGAUAGCACCAGACGUAGCAUAUUCGUAGCAAUCAAGAAGCGCUCAUGGGACAGAGGGUGCUCGACAGUUCAAAGAGCAGUUAAACAAUCGUAGAAAGAAAAUGAUCAAUAAAAUAGCCUUGUCAUUGUAAUGAAGAUGUAAAAGAACUGACUUAACGCCAUCGGAUUUAGAUUUAAAAGCAACCUGGUUCACUAAAACGUUUUGAUGAGAUUUUGCUUGCAUCGGCAAACUAUGGUAUUGUAAUGCUCAGA